AUGACAACUAUAAAAUGGGUUAAGAUAGGCAGACGCACAGAGAAGCGCUGGGGCAUCAUAUUCAAAUGUAUGACAAGUUGCAUACAUCUUGAUCUUUUGGAGAGCAUCGACACGGAUGCCUUCCUGAUGGCAUUAAGACGAUUUGAAUCAUUUCGUGGUAAGCCGUUUGAGAUACUGACUGAUAGAGGCACAAACAUCAGAGGAGGAGCCACUGAACUCCAGGAAGCCUUCGCAUCAUUAGAAGGUCCACUUAAAGAACAUCUAGCAGGCCAGGAAAUUGCUUUCCAGUUUAACCCUCCACAUGCCCCACACUUUGGAGGAACCUGGGAACGAGAAAAGUGCUCCUCAGUGUUGGUAGAGGUCGAGGGAAUCCUCAACUCUAAGCCACUCGGUUACGUUUCAUCUGAUGUUGCCGACCCGGACCCUGUCCGGGCUGCAUCACUCCCACAAGUGAUCUACUCAUCUAGUGAUCUGUCAAAUUUAGAUUCGGAAACAAGAAUGUCCCACACAGUCUUACCCGUGAACUCUUCAACACUCGUCAUCCAGAUUCAACCACCAACACAAGCAACACAAGCAACACCAGCUGGGACUGUGACAAAUGCUCCUGUGCCGGUUUAUGAACAGGUAGUGAGAGUUUCACCUCUUCAUGGACUUCAGGCAUUUCUGAAAGGCCAACCAAAAGCCCUUGGGACUGUCCAGAUAAUGAUUGGUCUGUUGACUUUCCUGUUUGGGAUCGUGUCUACAGUUAAUGUAGAAACCAUCUUUGUCUUAAGUGGUGUUCCUUACUGGGGAUCGAUCAUCUACAUUACUGCAGGCUCACUCUGCAUUGCUGCUGAAAACAAACUUAAUUCACCCUCCGGUUUGUGUUUGGUGAAAGGUUCACUUGGAAUGAACAUUUCCAGUGCUGUAACUGCAGGCAUUGCCAUUAUUAUAAUUACAACGGAUUUGAUUCUAGGACCAUUGUCCGGUUACUGCAGUAGUAAUGACUGUGAUGAUUCUGUGAAAAAAUAUAUGACCCUCUUCUGGGGAAUUGGUAGUGUAUUGCUGACAUUCGCCUUGCUUGAGUUUAUCAUUUCCAUCUAUCUGUCAACAUUUGGCAGUAAAGCUACCUCCUGUUGUUGUCCACAGGUGCCGUAUGCACGGCCCUGUGAUUUUAGGCCCUGUCAUUUCCAUGAUCUUAACCGUUCAGAGAUAUCUGUGGUCAGCAACCCUUCCAUGCAUCACCAUCAUGCAGGAAUUCCUCCACAAUACAGUUAA